CUUAUUAAAAUUCCCAAAGUUGAUGUGCCAAACGAAGUGCAUGUAUUUAACUUCGACUUAUCAAAUGUUGGCAAAGAUAAUCCUCAGGGAAGCUUUGACUGUGUCCAGCAAACGGACUCAAGUUCUGGAGCCUCGCAACUCAGUUGCCUGGGACUUAUACAGAAUAAAAUUACAGUAUGUGCAACAAGUGAUUCCUAUCUGACGACCAGAGAGCGCAUGACCCAGGCAGAAGAGGAGUCGCGCAAUCGAAGUGCAAAGGUUAUUAAACCUGGUGGACCAUUUUUAGGAAGAAGACUACAGGUCAAAAGACCACCACAAAGCGUUCCAGAUGGUGUGCCUGAGAGGAAGAGAUCGACACCCAUGAACCCUGCAAACGCAGUUCGGAGGACUCACACGCACAGUGCUGUUUCUCAGCGACCAUACAGGGACAGGGUGAUUCACUUACUGGCACUGAAGAGUUACAAGAAACCGGAGUUACUUGCUCGCUUGCAUAGAGAUGGUGUCAGUCAAAAGGACAAGAACUCCCUUGGAACUAUCCUUCAGCAGGUAGCCAGCCUGAAUCCAAAGGAUAAUUCUUACAGUCUGAAGGAUUAUGUAUUUAAAGAAAUACAAAAAGAUUGGCCUGGAUACAAUGAAAUAGAUAAACAGUCAUUGGAGUUAAUACUUUCUAGAAAAUUAAAUUCAUCUCAGAAUGCCACCAGCACCAGCCACUUGGAGUCUCCUGUAGCUUCUAAUAAAGAUGCUCCAUCAUCUUCUUCUCAGAAACGGCUUUUACAUUACGAUUGUGUCAGUCCUCUGGUGAACAAAAAGCAGAGGAUAUCUCACCUGACCAGUCGAGUCCCAAUGUUCUUCAGUGGCCGCUUGCCUGCCUCCAGCGAGAAAGCUGCUGCCGCCCCUCCGCCGCCUCCCCCCGCUCCCCCCCCCCCCGCUUCCAACCCUCUUCAAACUACCAGCUCCAUCUCCUCCGACAGCCCUGAGGGGCAAGGGGGGACACAAGACCUGCCGGUGGACAACUUUAGUCAAAACAGAAGUAGCAUCUCUGAGGACCAGCCACAAAAAUAUACCUCUCAGACUCCUCUGGGGAUCCCAGCGCCUGCCGCGGUGCAGGUGGAACCUCACAAACCUAUGGGUGGGAAGCAUGAGGUGUUGCACCAAAAAUGCAAGAAGGUAAAAGAGCAUAAGGAGAAGGAUGAAGGCAAAAUGCAGGACACUAUGAGUGUGAGCGAAGAGGAGAAAGACCUUAGAAAAGAAGAAACUGCCAAGCUGAAAAAAUCCUCCUAUUUGGAUUCACAUGAAGGAGUUAAAGAAACUUGCACUGCCUCCACAAAUCCUCCAUCAUCAACAGGUGAUCAACCAGACUACUUCAU